AUGGCCGACCUUCCCUCGCUAUCGAUCCCUUCCCUAUCCCACGAGACCCAGCUUCGGGUGCUGGAUACCCUCUUUGAACCCUCCCCAGAGCUCCACCGACUAAUGAUUCCCGUGCUGGCCAGUCAGACGUUCUCUUCGUACAGCAGCCUCAUUGAUGCUGUAGGGGGUCACAUGUCUACACUCGCUGCCUCAAAUUCACCUACCGAUCGAGACGUGCUCUUGGGCAUCUUGGGAUCGCACCCACGUCUUGGUCGGGCUUCCGCCAACCCAGAACAUCUGAGUGAGCUAAGUAGGAAGGAACAGGCCCAAUUGAAUGAAGGCGCAGAGGAACGGGCGGAGAAAUUACGAGCACUGAAUGCGGAAUACGAGGAGAAGUUUCCGGGGUUGCGUACAUUUGUCAAUGGACGUAGUCGCGACCUGAUCAUGGUUGAAAUGCGCCAGCGCAUUGACCGGGCCAAUGCGGCGAAAGAGAUUGAAGAGACCGUUCAGGGAAGCAGUAAUCUCCACCUACGAGUCGCGACGACCCCCGCGAAAACUGAUUUGACCCCCUCCGGAACCUCCACAUUCCCCGGCUCGGCAACAUCGGAUGUUCCCUCGGGCUCGACUUAUAGUCUACAGGAUGCUCGAAAUUCCAGACGGUCGGUUGUUGCUAGCUCUUUACGGGAUCCGACCUCGCACACCCCCCUCGAGAAGACCGAGUCAAGCGCCAUAGAUCCGUUAUCCCAGCACAUUAUCAAACGCACCAAUACCCAAAAAUCCAUCCCCCUGAAAUUACUGGGCAGAGCGUCAUAUGAAGCAGAGGCCGUGGGAUCCGAAUACGGUCAACCAGAGCCAAGCCCGACACGGGGGGAUGCAUUGCCUACCUCAAAACCCCCCAAAGAGAAGAAAAAAGGUGUCUCCUUCCUCAGUCGAAUCAUUGGAAACAAGAAGAAAGAUCAGCUGUCGGAGGCGGAAGAUGAGACCUCGGACCCUGAAGCAUACCGCAUGUCCGUUGACACUUCGCAUCCAAUUGGAUUCAUACCGCGACACCCUGCUCCGUCAAAAUACUUGAAGGUGCGAGCGCAUUACAAAAAGGAUAAGACGUUCAACCGUGUGUUUCUGGCCCAGGAACUGCAGGGCAGCGGCCCAUCACCCAAACCCCCAGAUCGACGGAUAUCUAUAUCUUCGGCCUUGUCGCAGAGUGGCGAUCACACUGGAAAGGCCGUCUGGGCCCUCACGUUUUCUAAGGAUGGUAAAUAUCUCGCGGCCGCUGGCCAGGACCGGAAGGUCCGGGUCUGGGCUGUUAUCACUACACCAGAGGAGCGCGAGGAUGCCAAUGGAGACGAAGAGGCAACGCCCGUAGAUGCACAAGAUCAUUCCGGCCUGAAGGCGCCUGUGUUUCAGCCAGAGCCCGUUCAGGUGUAUGACAGUCACACAGGGAGCAUACUGGAUUUGAGCUGGAGUAAGAACAACUUCCUUCUCUCGUCGUCAAUGGACAAGACAGUGCGACUAUGGCAUGUCUCUCGACCGGAAUGUCUUUGCUGUUUCCAACACAGUGAUUUUGUGACUUCGAUCCAAUUCCACCCACGUGACGACCGAUUUUUCCUUGCUGGAUCUCUCGACACGAAACUGCGACUCUGGAGUAUCCCAGAUAAGAGCGUGGCUUUUGUGACUGCUGUACCCGACAUGAUCACGGCUGUGGCAUUCACUCCGGAUGGCCGACACUCCAUCGCCGGAUGUUUGAAUGGCAUGCUGAACAUCUAUGACACCGAGGGCCUGAAACUAGCAGCGCAGAUCCAUGUACGAUCGGCCCGUGGGCGGAACGCCAAGGGUAGCAAAAUCACUGGAAUUGAUACAAUGACGUUUCCCCGGGACGGUGCAAUGGAUGAUACCCAGGGUGAUAUCAAGUUGCUGGUUACCAGCAACGACUCCCGCAUCAGGUUGUACGACUUCAAAGAUCGAUCACUGGUGGCUAAAUUCCGCGGGAACGAGAACACCUGCAGCCAAAUUAGAGCUACAUUCACCAAUGAUGGCAGGUACAUUAUAUGUGGAAGUGAGGAUCGCAGGGCAUACGUGUGGCCAAUUGGGACAGUGCAACAAGAUUCCGAAAAGCAGGCCGUAGAGGUAUUCGAGACACAGUCGGCCAUGGUAACAGCUGCAAUCAUGGCACCGACUCAAACGAAACGGGUACUGGCGCUAUCAGAAGACCCGAUCUACGACAUCUGCAAUCCGCCCCCGGUAGCGCUACUGGGUCCGGAGUCAACCGACCCUUCAAAGAAAACAAGCUCCGACAAAGAACGUGACCCUCAAAAGCAGUCUGCAUCCACACCUCGCCUAUCCAUCGUCAGCAAAAUGGCCCUCGAUUCCCCUUCGUACCUCGCACGAUCCAAGCAUCCAGACGGAGAGAUCAUCGUGAUCGCCGACUAUUCCGGCAAGAUCAAAGUCCUCCGACAAGACUCAUCGCCUCCUCAGGAAAGGACUCGUCCCACAAAACCCCGUCCCGAGCGCAUCAUCUCAUGGCGCAACUCCGUCGUCCGCCACGGCCGCUCGAGCAUCGAAGUCUCUCGUGCCGGCCUCCGAACCCGCACCCCAUCCCCGCAACACCGCCCGGCAAUCUCUAGACUGGCAUCUUCCCGCCCUUCAAACGAAUCACCAUCCGUCUUCACUGCAUCCCCACCCCCAUCGCCACACCGACUCCGCUUCGACAGCAACCGCACAAGCGAAGACAUGAGCCGCGCAAGUGGAAACAACAAUGGUCGUGCAAACGUCUCAACCUCCAACUCUCAACCUCCCCCCGAAGUUACCUCCUCCGCAGAUUUCCUGACCACCAACAAAGCACAAGAUAACCCGCUUUGUUUGCAGGGUCACCGCAGCUACGCUUACUGGAACAAGAUUGCGCACGAUGCGCUGGCUAUGCAGUCCCGGAACUCGAAUGACUUGCUUAGUCCGGAUAAUAUCCCGUCGCGCGAGCGCAAUAUGAGUACUUCGGGAGGUAGUUUGUUGAGCAGUGACUAUACCUCUUCAAUGGGUGAUGCCGAGGAAGACGUGCUAAAGUGUGACAAUUGUCAUGGGACGAGUUUUCGCGGUGUUAGGGGGAGGGAUGGGAAGCAGAAACUUAUUUGUUCGGAGUGUCAUCGGCCUGUUUCUUGA